AUGAAUAAAAAAGAAAUUAAACAAGAUGGUGAAUCAGCUCCAUUGACAAAAACAAGUUUACUUAAAAUUGAAUCUAAAGAAGGAUAGAUUAUAUAUAUAUUUACAAAGUUAUUUGAUCAUCCAAUACGAUAAUAAAUUAAAUUUGCAUUUGGAUAGAUUAAUGUGUUUAUUGAAAAAUAAGGAAUUAAAUGUUUCAAAAGUGAAAUGAAUAGCAUGGAAUGUUUAAAUUAAGGAAUUGAUUGGGAUUAGAAAUAUUUUGACAAAAUUAUCACAUGUUUAGAAAGACCUGAUAAAGAUUUUAGGUAAUAUAUAUUUAUUAUAUUAAAUAGCUAUUCAUUUAAAAGAAGUGAAGGUAAUGAACAAGUUCCAUGUGAUUAUAUUCUAAUAUUAUCAGAAAAAGUUCAUAAAUUGAAUGAAGUAAUUUUAUUAAGAGUAUAUUUGAUUGAAAAUCCAUCACUUUCAAAUUUAGAUCAUUUUUACAGAGUUUGUAAAGAGAUAUAAGACAAAAAGGAUAUAGCAUAUAAAAAUUUAGAAGAAAAAUUUACAAAUUUAUCUUAAUAAAGAUAAAAACUAUAAACAGAUAUUGAAUUUAUUAGUAAUUAAUCAUAAUCGAGAGAAAAAGAGAUAUUAAAAAAAUUUGUCCUAUUAUUAAAUGAAAAGAAAAAGGAAAUAUGUAGAUUAAAUUAAAUUAAUGGAUUAAUAUCUAAUUAAAUAAUAGAAGAAGAACAAUAAAAUAAUAAUUAUAUAAAUGUAGAUGAUUUUUUUGAAGAAAAAUAAAUACCAGUUAAAAAACAAUAUGAUGAAUAAGCUCAAAAUUCUUAAUUUCCAGUCAGUUAAAUAGAUUAAUUUUUAUUCACUUAGGAUACAUAAUUUAAGAAAGAUCUCAGAGAAAUCCCAUCAAAAAAGACAAAAUUAUGA